AUGUCAAAACUAUUCAGAAUCGCUAUCGAUGGUCCUGGUGCUUCUGGAAAGAGCACAACUGCUAAAUUAGUGGCAACGAAGCUAGGCUUUGGCUACAUUGACUCUGGUGCUAUGUUUCGAGCAAUUACGCUCAAAUGCCAACAACAAAACCUAGAUCUCCAGGAUCAGGAGAAAGUAAAGCAAGCGGCACAGGCUGCAAAAAUAAGCUUUCCUUCUCUGAGUCAGGUUGAAUUGGAUGGAAAAGAUGUCAGCAACUUGAUUCGCAACUCCAAUAUUACUCGAAACAUCAGCCAUAUCGCUUCUAACACAAGUGUGCGUGAAAUAUUGGCAAACCAGCAACGAGCAAUGGCCAGAGGAGAUAUACCUGGCGCCAAAUCCACUGGAUUUGAGCACAAUGGCAAGCUUAUCAAGGGUGUCGUCAUGGACGGGCGUGAUAUUGGCACAGUUAUCCUGCCUGAUGCAGAGCUUAAGGUGUUUAUCGAGGCCGAUGUCAAGAUCCGAGCUAAACGAAGAUUUGAUGAAUUGAAGGACAAGGGCAGUUUGGGCGAUGAUACAUUGCAAGAUGUUGAAAAGGAUUUAGAAGCAAGAGAUUUGGCAGAUCGCACUCGCAAGAUUGCGCCUCUUUCAAAAGCAAAAGAUGCCAUUGUAUUGGACACUAGUCAUUUAACAAUUGAACAACAAGUACAAAAGAUUCAAGAUAUGGUCUAUCAGCGUUUAUAA